AAAGAUUAAAAAAAAAAAAAAAGAGAGAACAAAAAGAAGAAGAAGAAGAAGAAGAAGAAGAAGAUGAAGAAGAAAACUUCGGACAUCGAUGCACUGACCUAUAUUUAUUAUUCAAUGGAAUAAGCACCGGAAGAUCGACCCAGAUAAUUUCUUGGACAGAAACAUCUGGACAACCUCGAGAUAGCCGCGAAAAAACUAUUCGGUCCAUUGAAGCCUUUCACACAUCCUCUUAUCGCUCGCCUAGGUAUAAAUUCCCUGGACCGUUCUACCAUUCCCCGACACCGUUCUCGUCCCCGUUCCCGCCCUUCCUUCCGUCCAUCCGUCCAUCCGUCCGUCCGUCCAUCCAUCCAUCCAUCCAUCCGUCGUUUCUCCUUCUACGCUCGGGUAAAAAGUGUAGUGAACGGUAGAACCCGGAGUACGUUCUUUCUAACCCCUACGGCAAGUUUUCGAACGACGGGCGUUGAGGUGAGGGCUGGAAGGAGGAAAGGAUAGAUCGAUCGUCGAUCUCACUUCCGUCUCGGUUCGCGAGAAGAAAUGGCAUAUCCAUCCUCUCUGAUAGUGGACUGAAGAAGUGCUGGGAACAUUCGUGGUCGACCUCGAGAGGACGUUCUCGAGGACCGCAUGGAGGGCGCGAAAGACCUAGUCCUUUGCCUCCGGACACAUCGACGUGCCUUCGUGUUCGUCAGGUGGAGGAGGAGGAGGAGGCAGAGGAGGAGGAGGAAAAGGAGAAGGAGAAGGAGAGGGAAAGUCGAAGGUGGAAGGAAUACGAAGGGGUUCGUUGGGCGAAGAGAGAGAGAGAGAGAGAGACAGAGAGAGAGAGAGAGAGAAAGAGAGAGGGAAUGCGCAUGCGUAACAAGAAUCUCCACUCGUGAGGCUACUAACGGAGAGACUGACGAACGUAAAAGAAAUAGAAAAAGAAAGAUAGAUAGAUAGAUAAAUAGAGAUAGAUAAAUAGAGAGAGAGAGAGAGAGAGAGAGAAAAAGAAAGAGAUAAAAACUCGUCAUUUGGCAAGGACUAGCAUCAACCUUGCUUCUCGCUAGAAAGUGAUUAGUAGUAUUUCCUUUAGCAAAAAAAAAAGAAAAAAAGAAAGAAAAAAAAAUUAUUUGUCCGUAAAUAGAGAAGAAAAAGGAUAAAAGAUAGAAGGAAAAAUAUCAAAAAUAGAAAUAGAAGAGGAAGAAGGAAGGAGGGGGAAAGAGAAAGGGAAAGAGGAAGAGUUGAAGGAAGAAGAAGAGAAGGAGGAAGAGGAGGAAGAAGAAGAAGAAGAGAAAGAAGAAGAAGAAAAAGAAGAAGAAGGGUUGGGCCAGGGGCCCGCGACCCUUCCCGACUGGACUAGACUCUAUGUGGAGUCUCGGCGUCGGCGCCGUCGUCGUCGACGUCGUCGGCGGCGCGACGCUCACGGAGAGGCGCCGCGCGCGCCUACGUAGGAGGCACUCGGCCGCGCGCGGCGUCGUUAGCUCCGUCGUACCUGGACGACGGAGAGGAACGAACGAACUUACGAACUUACGAACUUACGAACUUACGAACUUACGAACGAACGAACGAACGAACGAACGAACGAACGAACGUACGUACGAACGAACGAACGAACUAACGGACGAUACGGACGAACGAAUCGCACGAAAGGAAGGAAGGAAGGACUCUUCUGGCUCUCAUUUCUCUCGCUCUCACUCACUCACUCACUCACUCCUCUCUCUCUCUCUCUCUCUAUCUAUCUAUCUAUCUAUCUAUCUGUCUAUCUAUCUAUCUCUCUGUCUAUCUUUGAAUCUUCGUUCACGAUUAUCACUAGUGCGAUUAUUAUCGGACAUCUUCCUAUCAAGCUACGCUAACGUAAUACGCGUUUCGUCUCGUUCGUUCAUUCGAUUUUAUCCAUCUAUAUAUUCCGUUCUUUCUUCCCCCUAUCAUUCUUUUUCUCUUUUUCUCUCUUUCUUUUCUCUCUCGCUUGUUCUCUCUCUCUCUCUCUCUCUCUUUCUCUCUCGUCCUUCUCUCUGUCUCUUUCUCGCGUCCUAGUGCCGUGCCGCUUCGCUCCGUGCCGAAGCGGCUGAGAGUGGUGUGUGCUGGCUCUGCUCUGAAGGAGGGAACGAACACGGUGGGGGUGGAGGACAAGUAAAGAAAGGGUGCCAUUGGGUUCGAGGACAAGGAAAUUCAAGGAAGACGGAGACGACUGCUUCUACUUUUACUCGAACCUGAUAUCCCCCCUGAAUGAUGUUGAAUUGACGAAAACUGAACAACGCAAGGGAUGGCUCCUUUCGGUACCGUCUUCCUCGGUGUCUGGGGAGUGUUCGUCGUCGUUCUUAUACAAGAGUCCAAACCAGUCAGCUGGGAGGAAUGGUGGACGUACGACGGUAUUUCUGGUCCUGCCUUCUGGGGCCUCAUCAAUCCAGACUGGUGGCUAUGUAACAAAGGGAGACGACAAUCACCGGUUAACUUGGAGCCGAGCAGACUUCUCUUCGACCCAAACUUACAACCAUUACACCUCGACAAGCACAAAGUCGGUGGAGUCCUGGCAAACACCGGUCACAGUGUGGUAUUCGCGGUCGAAAACGAUACCCGCCAUCCUGUCAAUAUAUCCGGUGGGCCCCUCAGCUAUCGCUACCAGUUUCACGAGAUUCACCUGCAUUUCGGCUUAGAGGAACACAUCGGUAGCGAGCAUACUAUCGAUGGACACGCGUUUCCCGCCGAGCUCCAAAUAUUCGGAUUUAAUUCCCAGCUGUACAACAAUUUUUCGGAUGCCUUGCACAGAGCACAAGGGAUCGUUGCAGUCUCCCUUUUACUUCAGGUAGGAGAUCUGUCGAAUCCACAACUGAGAACGUUUACCCAACAACUGGAUCAAAUCAAAUACGGAGGGCAGGCCGUGGAAAUUACACAUUUCGUCGUGCGCGAUCUCCUACCGGACACGAAGCAUUACAUGACGUACGAUGGUUCAACCACGAUGCCGGCCUGCCAUGAGACCACGACGUGGAUAAUACUGAACAAGCCGAUAUAUAUUACGAAGCAGCAGCUCCAUGCCCUGCGGCAGUUGUAUCAGGGUGACAUGAAACAUCCGAAUGCGAAGCUGGGGAACAACAUUAGACCGAUUCAACCGCUCCACCAUCGUCCAAUUCGUACCAACAUCGAUUUUAGCGUGCAGCAAGGGCAUAAAAAUUGUCCAACGAUGAACAGGGAUCUGUAUUACAAAGCCAACAGCUGGAAAUAACCCUGAGAGCCCUAAGCAACACGCAGUACGGUGAUCGACGUCAUGCGUUUUAAAAGAAGGAAGGAAGGAAGGAAGGAAGGAAGGAAAGAAAGGAAGAAAGCAAGUGAGAAGGACAGAGAGAGAGAGAGAGAGAGAGAGAGAAAGAGAGAGUGAGAUAGAGGAAGAAAUGAAGAGAGAAAGAUAAGAAAAGUUUAAAGAAAAACUACGCUUUCCCUCGGACGAGCUGGAACUUCGCUGUGAAAGAAACCAUUGACAUAUCAAUUGCACGCGUGCGACGGUGGUCCUCGCAGAGAAGAAAGAAAGAAAGAACGAGAGUGUGUGUGUGUGUAUGUGUGUGUGUGUGUGUAUGUAUGUGUGCGUGUGGGUGUAUGGAUGUAUGUGUAUGUAUAUGAGUAUACGCCUGAAUGCAAGCGAGUACGAAAAAGAAAGAAAAGUAAGUAAGUAAGUAAGAAAGUAAGUAAGUAAGUAAGUAAGUAAGAAAGCACGUGCAUGUGUGUGUAUGCGAACGUAUGAAUACGGGCAAGAGAUAAUUAAAGAAAAAAAGGAAAAAAAAGAGAGAGAGAGAGAGAGAGAAAGAGAGAGAGAAAGUGUGUGUGUAUGUGUGUGUGCGCGCGAUUCAGAAUGAGUGAGAAUGAGUGAAAUAUUGAGAAUGAAAGUGUGAGAGACGUGUCGCACGCACCCACGCACGUACGUACGCACGCAAAAAAGCACGCAAGCACGCGCUGAAACGCAGGAGGAACCGGGAGACGUGUUUCAGAGCGUCGAAGCUGAUGGGCGACCGAUGUUGGGCAAGAAAAUCAUGACCACGGUGAAGUGAACGAGCGCAGCCCUUUCGUGGUCGAGGAUUAUAAAGAGAAGAAGAGAUAUAUAUAUAAUAUAUAUACAGGAAGGAAGAGGAAUGAAAAAAUACAAGGGAAAAAAAAAAAAACCCAUUAUAAAAAUGCUUCGUUGUACUUAUUAGACGUGAAUUUGCCAAGUAUGUUUCCAGUAAAGAAAAAAAACAAAAAAAUAAAAAAACAAAAAAGGACAAAAAAUAAAAAAGACAAAAAAGAAGAAAAAGGAAAAAAAAAACAAUAUAAAAAGGAGUAACACACAAACAGAUAUUACCUAUAGCUAAAUACAAUAGACGCGCGAUAUAAGGUAAAAGAUCAUAAAAAAAAAA